AUGACUGCGACAGGAACGAGCGUUUCGCUCCUCAAGUUUGUAGGCACCGUCUCGCUGGGCUUACUGACGGGCGUCUCUUAUUCUAUCACCUCUCUCGCCCUUCCCGUCCUGCUCCGACUUCCCUCUUCCAACGCCGCUUCCCACGGCCUCACCUCUCUGAACGCUGCUCUCAAGACACCCAUCCUCGCCCUCACUUCUCUCGCCUCCGCCCCCUUCCUCAUCAGCUUUGCUCUCGCUCCCCGCUCGUCUCGCCACCCUUACCUUCUCUAUACAGGACUCCUCGCCACCCUCUCAUUCGUCGCUCCCCUUCUUGUCCCCGCGCCUGCUACUCGACAUGUCGCAUCAUCGGCGCCUCGGCAAUCCCAAAGAGCUAAAAUGGAGGCUAGCUACGAGGUUCUAGGCGACGCUCACAGUGAGCCUGCCAGUGAGGAAGAUAUUGAUGAUAUCAAUGGCGAGGGUGUCAGAGUGGAGGUGGAGGGCCUCGUCCACAGCUAUAUUGCACGAACCGCCUUCUCUGCUCUGGGUUUCACCAUGGCAGUUAUUGGAAUCUGGGGUGAUGGUGCACCUCAGGCAGUUGUCUAUGUCUCAUAA